AUGGACAACUGGGGCAAAGAUGAAAUGUCCACAGCACCUGUACUGGCUUCCCCCGUAGGCCGAGCUCUGGCCAACCGAAAAAGGAAGCCAAGUCUGGAGACCGUUGUGGCCCAGAAGCUGAGCGAGGAGAGGACCUUCGGGAGCCUUCGCGAAGGCCAGCGAGUGGGGGCAGGGCGUGGGCGCGGACACACCCCCCGCAUUCCCUCCACGGUCCAGCAGAGGGCGCCGACCCACGCCCCGCUGCGCGCCGGGCAGGCCCCCUCGCGCAGGCGCGCCGCAGCGGGCGGAGGAUCCGGGCCGCGCUUCCUCUCGCCAGGCCUGCGAGCUUCCUCCCAUCGGAGCCCGGGCGAACUGAGGUUGGCCGCCGCCGCCGAGCCUGCUUCCUCCCUUGUCCUCCCGCGCCACGCCGAGCCCUGCCCCGGGGACCCCACCGGGGCCGGGGCCGGGGCCGGGGCCGAGCGGGGCCAACCCCGGCCGCACCGCCGUCGGGGCCGUCCCCGAGCCAGCCGUCCCUCCCGCCCCGCCAGCCUCCGGCCGCCCAGCCUCCGGGGUGUGGGGCGCAGGCACCCCCCGCGGGCCGCGAUCGAACGCCCGGGGCGGCCCCCGGCGGCCGGCGCGACGUCCCCAAACCGAACCUCGGUGGCCGCGUUCGGAAGCGGAACUCUGCCGGGGCCGCGCCGGCUACAUUGUUUCCUCCCCCCGGACUCCCUCCCGCCCCUUCCCCCGCCUUUCUUCCCUCCCCAACCCGGGCUGCGCGGCCGUCCCCCUGCCUGUCUGGCCGUCCUUCCUCCCUCUCUUUUCGCAUCCAUACACCUCUUUGUACCGCACCCCCUGGGGACCCCUGCGCCCCUCCCCUCCUCCUUGGCCGCAUGGACUGUCCUGCAGGCCGCUGAUGCCGCCCGCGGUGAGGUGGCCUGGACCGCAGUGCCCCGAGAGAGGUGA